CCGGGUAGUGGAGCUGCACGCCACCGGCGUCUUGCUUUUCCUUCCCCUCCCCUGUGUACCCCUCGCCUCUCCCUCCUUUCCUUUAUUCUCGGCCCCACCCGCCAAAAUGAACAGCUCGGACGAGGAGAAGCAGCUGCAGCUCAUCACCAGUCUGAAGGAGCAAGCAAUAGGCGAAUAUGAAGACCUUAGAGCAGAGAACCAGAAAACAAAGGAGAAGUGUGACAGAAUUAGGCAAGAACGAGAUGAAGCUGUUAAAAAACUGGAGGAAUUUCAGAAAAUUUCUCACAUGGUUAUAGAGGAAGUUAAUUGUAUGCAGAACCAUCUUGAAAUAGAGAAGACUUGUCGAGAAAGUGCUGAAGCUUUGGCAACAAAGCUAAAUAAAGAAAAUAAAACAUUGAAAAGAAUCAGCAUGUUAUACAUGGCCAAGCUGGGGCCAGAUGUGAUAACUGAGGAGAUAAACAUUGAUGAUGAAGAUUCAACUGUGGACACAGAGGGUACUGCCAAGACUUGUGUCUCAAUAGAGUGUCAGAAGCAAAUCAAAGAACUUCGAGAUCAACUUGUAUCUGUUCAGGAGGAAAAGAAGAUAUUAGCCAUUGAGCUGGAAAAUCUCAAGAGCAAACUUGUAGAAGUUAUGGAAGAAGUAAAUAAAGUUAAACAAGAAAAAGCUGUUUUAAAUUCAGAAGUUCUUGAACAGAGAAAAGUCUUAGAAAAAUGCAAUAGAGGGCCUUCAGCCUUAGUGAUUGGUGGAAACAAUGAUGCUGACAUGUUCACUCAGAAUGAGGAGAUGUUCAUCGAACAAAACAAGCUAAAGAGACAAAGCCACCUUCUGCUUCAUAGCUCUGUCCCUGACCAGCAGCUUUUGAAAGCUUUAGAUGAAAAUGCAAAACUCAUCCAGCUCCUUGAAGAAGAGAGAAUUCAGCAUCAGCAAAAGGUCAAAGAAUUAGAAGAGCAACUAGAAAAUGAAAUACUCCACAAAGAGAUACACUACCUCAAACAGCAACUGGAACUUCUAGAAGAAGAUAAAAAAGAAUUGGAAUUAAAAUAUCAGAAUUCUGAGGAGAAAGCCAGAAAUUUAAAGCAUUCUGUUGAUGAACUCCAGAAACGAGUGAACCAGUCUGAGAAUUCAGUACUUCCACCACCUCCUCCUCCACCACCACUCCCCCCUCCACCUCCCAAUCCUAUCCGAUCCCUUAUGUCCAUGAUUCGGAAGCGAUCCCACCCCAGUGGCAGUGGUGCUAAGAAAGAAAAGCCAACUCAACCAGAAACAACUGAAGAAGUCACAGAUCUAAAGAGGCAAGCAGUCGAAGAGAUGAUGGAUAGAAUUAAAAAGGGAGUUCAUCUUAGACCAGUUAAUCAGACAGCCAGACCGAAGGCAAAGCCAGAAUCUUCAAAAGGCUCUGAAAGUGCAGUGAAUGAACUAAAAGGAAUACUGGGGACACUUAACAAAUCCACUAGUUCAAGAAGCUUAAAAUCCCUUGACUCUGAAAACAGUGAAACUGAGUUAGAAAGGAUUUUGCGUCGCAGAAAGGUGACAGCAGAAGCAGAUAGCAGUAGUCCAACCGGGAUAUUAGCCACCUCAGAGUCCAAAUCCAUGCCAGUGUUGGGUUCUGUAUCCAGUGUAACAAAAACAGCCUUGAACAAGAAAACUCUGGAGGCAGAAUUCAACAGCCCGUCCCCCCCAACACCUGAGCCAGGUGAAGGGUCCUGUAAAUGGGAAGGAUGCACAAGUUCCAAGGUUACAUUUAAGCCUCCCAGUAAUGUUGGAUACAGGACAAAAUACAUUGGCAGUGAAAAGCAAGCUGAACCGGUUGUAGUUUUAGAUCCUGUUUCCACACAUGAACCCCAAACCAAAGACCAGGUCGUCAAGAAAGAUCCAACUCAACGCAAAGAAGAUGAUGGCAAAAUAAAAUCAGAAUACAAAGAAGACAGCAUUGAAAAAAUGAGAGAGAGAGACAGCUCCAACUGCUGAUCCAAAAACCAGAAGGCUAACAUUUGGAAGUCCUUUUCAAUAAGCACAUGAUUAAUUUUGGUGUAUUGGCAAGAACUAUAGACAUUCUGUUCUGGUCACUGUAUUCAGGAUACAGGUUCUUUUCUGUUGUCAUGUUUAUAAGUAGCAACUAUAAACAUAAGUAAGCUGUUUAGCAAAAUACAUAUUAUAAGUAGUUUUGAUUUUUGAUCUUUAUAGGGAUAAGCUUUUUCCGAGUUACUCUAUUAAGUAUGACUUCUUUUGGAAGGCUACAGAAAAUUCAGAUGUUGAUAUUGUUUCAGGAAAUGUGCAUACCACUCAUCACAUGUAAUGCUGAACAUUUGAGGUGCUUGUGGAUAAUUGUAUAAACAGAACUGACCAACUUAAUGUGAUUUCAAAGGCCCCCAGAGAAGCUUCUGUUAUGGGUCUGAUCCUCUUUUGAUGGAGAAACUAGAGCAGCAUGGGAAUUGUUGGAUACAGUGACAUAUAUGUUGCUUUCUAGGGUAGACUGAGAUAAACUUAAAACUCAGGAGUUGGCCUCAAACUGGUCAUCCCAUAGUUGAUGUUAAUUACACACACUGCUAACUAUUGGGUGAAAAAUACAUGCUGUGUAUUGUGUCCAGAGCCUCCCGGGGACAAAUUCUAAACCUUGAAUUUAACAGUAGUAUCUUGGUAAACCAUGUGUGCUGUGCUAUGAGUUAAUUGGGUUUUCCCAUAUACUAAUGUGGCACAAGUACCAUAUUUUCUCACAGUUCUUAUGUACAGGGAAGAUAAGUGACAAGCACACAUUUUUCUUGAUUCACUGCUGUUCUACAUUACACUUUUUUUUGUUUUUUUUAAGAAAUUAAGUGGUAGUUAGUCUCUAAAAAUACAAUGUUUCAGACUACCACAGUGAAUAAAUAGAAAUGUAAUCAGGGAUUUUUUUUAAACUUACGCAGCUUUUCAAAGUUGAUUGUUUCAAAAUUGGUGUUUAUUUAAAAUAAGUGGUAAUGUACUUGAAUGCACUUUUUUAUGAUAAUGAUUCAGUAAUGGUAAUUUUACUAUUAAAGAAAGUGAAAGGUUUAGUUUUGUUAGCAUGGCUCAGCAUGUAGCUGUCAGGUGUUUCUCACCUAAGGUCAAAAGAAAAUGAUAGUAAUAAUUGCAGUAGUUGUAUUGUAUUGUAUUUUUGCACUUGUGCUAAGCAUAGGCUUGAUGAGGUGGGUAGGCAGGUAAAUGUACCACCUAAAAUUGGAAAUAAUUAUCUUUCUGUACGUUCGUUAUGCUUGACUAUUUCCAUGUUCUUCCAGUGAUGAUUUUACAGUUACUUAUCUGUUUACUCUUGGGGAAUUAAAAUGUAAUGUUUUUCAACUGUAUUUUUCCCUAACUGAAUGACACUGCUGUAUGAUGUGCUAACUACAGACCAUUAAUUCACUUCAGUGAGUUCUGUUAUGCUGUGAUUUGAACUCUCCUCACCACAACUUAUUAAAAAAGCACCAACAGUUUCCCAUUGAA